GUUGUCAUCGCGCUGUCAGUCAGGUCGUAGGCAGGUGUAGCCGCUCUUCUCAUUGAGGGUGUCUCUCCCAACCUUGUAAAUCGCUUUGUCAGCUGAUUAUUAUGAGAGAAGAUAGUGUUGCAGUACGAGAGCUAUAGAAUUUGACUGGAAGAAAGCAGAACCGCAAAACAGCAAAAUGGUGUUUGAAUCAAUUAUUGCGGAGCUCCUCAACAAGGUGAUUGGGGAGUACAUUGAGAACCUGGACUACACACAGCUUAAAGUCAGCCUUUGGGGAGGAGAUCUUGUACUAAAUGACUUGUUCAUCAAAGAAUCUGCAUUGGAUGUGCUAGAUCUUCCAGUAAGAUUAGAAUAUGGGCGUUUAGGAAAAUUGAUAUUGAAGAUUCCAUUUAAAGAUAUGUGGAAUGGACAGAUCGAUGCUAUAGUCGAAGAGUUGUUUAUACUGGUGGUGCCUACGAGUCAAGUUGCUUACAACGAGGAGAAAGAAAGCAAAGCACAGUUGAACGCCAAACGGGCGGAACUGGAGAGAGUGGAGAAGAGGAAGCAAUUGGCAGAGCUAAAAUCACAAGAGAAACUGGACGACUCGAUGGUGGAGAAACUGAUCGCCCGCAUGAUCAAGAACAUCCAUGUGGAGAUCAAGAGGAUUCAUGUACGAUAUGAGGAUCACGUAACCUUCAAGCAACACCCAUUCUCCGUGGGCUUCACCUUGAACACUUUCAUUCUGGAGAGUUGCACAGACUCAUGGGAAACGACGGGCAAUCUGAAGGACAUGUAUGCCAUUCCGCAGAUCUUCAAACUGUGCAGCCUGGAUGGACUGGCUGUCUAUCUCAACACGGGUGUGGAACAGUACAGCAAGAACCCACCAUCCUUAUAUUCCAAUCUAUUUUGUCAAGGUAUCGCGACCACGGACUAUAUCCCGAUGGGUUAUCAAUAUCUGCUAGGACCCAUCAACGUCAAGUCCAAGCUCAGACUUAAUCCUAAGCCUGAAUCCGACGAUAGUAAUUAUACCAUUCCCAAGGUAUGGCUGGACUUGGAGAUGCAGAAAUUGCGAAUCGGCUUGACGAAGCGGCAGUAUCAGACUCUGGUGCGACUGAGCGAGGGUCUGGAUCAAGCGCGAAAGGCCGCGCCGUAUCGGAAGUACCGGCCGCGACUGACGUCAUAUCGCGGCCACUACAAGGAGUGGUGGCGCUUCGCGUACACCUGUAUCCUCGAGGAAACCGUGCGACGGUGUCAUCGCAACUGGGAUUGGACCCACAUGAAAGCUCACCGGGACACUUGCCGCGAAUACGCCCAGGCUUACCAGACGAAGCUGACCACGAAGAAGCUGGCGAAGGACAUUGACGAACAACUGACGCAUUGCGAGAUUAAACUGGACAUUUUCAACCUGGUGAUCAUCCGGCAGCAGAUCGAGCUGGAGGUGGAGAGACUCGCGGAGCGGGAGAAAAGUCUGAAGGCGAAACGGGGUUGGUUCGGCUUCCUCUGGAGCAGCUCGCAGGCCGAGGAAACGAAGGAACUCAACUCAGCCGCGGCCAUCAUGCGCAGAUUCGAGGAAGCGAUGACGCCGCAGGAGAAGGAGAAGCUCUACCGGGCAAUCGACUACCAGGAGAACAGCGCGCCCGCGCACUAUCCGGAGACGUACGUGAUGAUCGAUACGCGUUUCUUCCUCCACGGUCUACAGAUCUCUCUGCUGGACACGGAUAAGGAACACUCCUGCGUCCUGGAUCUGCAGCUGCACGGCGUGCAGGCGGGCUUCAAGUCGCGACCAUCCGCGAACGCAAUCCUCGUCACCGCCUCCAUCAGCGACAUGAAGCUGCUGGGCGUGACGCAGGAUGGCCGAGUGCCCUCGCUCUUCAACUCCGAGCACGGCAGCUCCGACAGCGCCCUGGUCUCCGUGUCCUAUGAGAAGAAUCCGAUCGACAAGCUCUGCGGAGACCGCGUCGUCGUCAAGUCCCGAUCGGUUGAUAUUGUCUACGACGCGCAAACCAUCAUAGAACUGAUGAACAUGUUCAAGGUGCAAGACUCUUCGACGUUGAGCCAGCUGCAGACAGCAGCGGCGGAGCAGCUGGAGGGCUUGAAGGAAAUGUCGGCGCUUGGGUUGGAGUACGCCAUACAGAAACACUCGGUCCUAGAUUUACAAGUGGACAUGCAGGCCUCGCAACUUAUCAUACCGCACGGCGGUCUCUACGAGGACACGAAAGCGCUAAUUGUCGUGAACCUGGGCAGUCUGAAGAUGCACUCCCUGGAGAAAGGAAAGAGCGACAUGGCUGGCGCCAGUGUUAGACAACUGGUUAGCAUGGGCAAAAGCGAGGAGGAGGUGCUGCUACACUUGAGGGAGCACAGCUACGAUAAAUUUGUCUUGGAAAUAGUCAACUUCCAGGUGCUAGUUUCAUUGCCGAAUGAAGAGUGGCGAUCGGCCCUUGCGAGCACCGAGAGUUCCCUGACGCUGCUUUAUCCAACUACAUUAGAGAUUCAGUUCCACAAGUGCCUGGUGACAGAUGAUCCCCUGUUGCCGAAACUCCGGCUUCUCGGUCGUCUACCGUCGGUGAACGUGAACAUAACGGACGUUCGAUUGCUACAGGCGCUCUCCAUCGCGCAAAGUAUCCCCCUGCCCGAAGAGGAAGGACCCGGGGAGCUGCAACGAACGUCCCUCUCCAAAUCCGUCUCACAGUUGUCGCUGAAGGAACUUGGCACCACGAUAUCCAGCAUCGCCGACAAGAAGAGGCAGCAACUGGAAACAGCGUCCGAGUCGAUCAAGCAGACGACCGACCUGGAGAUGAAAUUCGAAAUGAAGGAGCUUACACUGUCGGUGUCUAGACAACGAGAUAAUAGCACAGAGUCGUCAGAAUUUGUCAGAUUCCAGGUGCUACAGCUGGAGGCGGAAAUGCUGCAGCGCACUUACGAUCAGGAGGUGCAGCUGCGGUUGGGCGGCGUGCAGAUGCGGCAACUGCACAAGGAUCAGGACAUCUUUGUCGUCAACACACCCAUGUCAGCCGGGAAGGACGAGUAUCUGAUCAUCGUGCGGUACAUAAACGUGAAUAAACGCUCGCCAGAAUUUACGACGCGACACGGCUCUGUUGUGAAACUACUCAUGCUGGAGUUCACCUCGCUGGACACACUGUUGCACCAGGAGGCGCUAAUCGAACUUCUACGGUUUAGCUCGUCAAUACAGGAUCGAAUGAGCGCACUCGAAGACGUCUCAAAGAAGGAAGUCGAGCGUCCUCGACCAACCCACCUGACUUCCAUUCAGGAAGAGACCUCCGGUUUCCUCAGGGAGCAACUUCAGAAGCAAAAGCUGAAACCCACCGGACGACGCAGAAAACAAACCGUCGAAUGUAUCGAUUUAAAGGUGAGUGCCAAGAUCGGCUCGAUAAAUGUAAAAAUCUCCAGCGUCGUCCGGGACAUCAGCGCAUUCUACAUCGAGGGUAUCAGUGCCAGCUUCCUCAGCAAGUCGUCGUACUCGCAAGUGAACGCCGACCUGGCCUCCAUCAGUAUUAAAGAUCUCAAUCCUGUUUCCGUGUACAAGGACAUUGUGGCCGUGGAGAGUGCUGAAUCUUUGCAGAUUCAAGCGGUGAUGUACAAUAUCGAGCCGUGGGAGGUGGACAAGAAUAACAUGUCCGUCAAGGUCACGAUGGGUUGCCAUCGUAUCAUCUUUCUGAACGCGUUUGUCACCAGCGUGAUGAAUUUUCUGAACAACUUUCAAACAGCCCAGAAAGCAAUUAAAGACGCAUCGGCGGCGGCGGCGGAAGCCGCGAGGACGAACAUCAAGGACGUCCAGGAAAGCGCCUCUCGCAUCGAGCUGUGCGUCAAAAUCAAGGCACCGGUUGUAUACGUGCCGAUGAACUCCAAAAGCGAGCAUAGUUUAAUGCUGGAUAUGGGCAAUCUUAUGGUCUGUAAUGUCUUCAAGAAAUUGGAGGCGACGAACGAGGAGACUGGCGAGUGCCCCAUAGUAGACGAGAUGAAGAUCGAGCUGCAGAACUUGAAGCUGUCGCGAGUCCGACUAAAUACAGAGAAGUUUAUCAGCGAGAACGAGGUGCUUCUUCUAGAACCGGUGACAUUCACCCUACUGAUAAAGCGCAACCUAUCAACCGCCUGGUUCACCACCAUCCCGGACAUUGACAUGUCCGGCAGGUUAAACAAGAUCAAUCUGCUGUUGAGCAAAGAGGAUUACACUACGAUUCUCAAAGUAUUGGAGCAGAAUCUGGGCGAGACUUUUGAAGACCCGAAACCUGUGCAAGCUGCGCCAUGUGCUGUGACGUCCGAAUACAGCACGGAACUGCAGCUUCAGCCGGCCUACAAGUACGAGGUCGAUACGUCGCGAGAAGCGCCGUCGGCAGAGACGCAAGAACGGCACGCCCACACAUCGGUGAAGUUCGAGUUCAUCAUGGACAGUCUGGUGAUCAACCUCUUCACCGGCGGUUCCAAAUUGCUGCAAUCGCAGUCGUCGCCGCUGCACCUACCCGAGAACGGACUGGCCCGCUUCUGUCUCACCCACUUCGCCGUAAAGGGUCGCGUGUUCGCGGACGGGCUGCUGGCCACGUCGAUCCUGCUGAUGAACUGCACCCUGGACGACACGCGGCGAAGCCGGGAGGGCUCGCUUGCGCGGAUCAUGGAGAGGACCAGCAGCGUGCCGAGCGGCGAGGAUCACUUGGACAAGGAACACGCCAAGUAUAACGCCAGGAGUAUGCUGGACGUGACAGUGCGCCAGAGCCCGAACGACACCUUCGCCGACGUGCGAGUGUUCUCCUUCAGCAUCAUCGUGUCCCUCGAUUACCUCAUGAAGAUCAAGGACUUCUUCGAUGUGGACACCACAAGCAAGACCACCGCCGGUUCCCUGCAGUCCUCGUCGAGGGGCGAAUCGACGGUGACGUCGAAGAAGAAACACCCGACGACCCAACAGCAGCCGGUCGCCUUAACCCCCAAAAUGUUAACUGUGAAUCUGCACGUGGAAAAGCCGGAUAUCAUCUUGCUCGAAGACAUGGACGACAUCAACUCGAACUGCAUAAUAUUGAACACGGAGUUGUUGUUGAAAGUGCGCAUUAUGGGAGAGCACCAGGUGAUCUCGGGAUCUAUCAAGGACUUCUCUUUGCUCACGGGGAUAUACAACCCUACGAAGAGGGCCGAUUGGAUCUAUCAGGUUCUGAGACCUUGCAGCAUCAGCGUUGCCGGUUCCACUCCGGAGGGCAAAGGACUUCAUCUGGAGAUCUGUUGCACAGAUGUACACAUCUCCGUUUCGCCAGGUGUGAUGGAAAUAUUGAGUAAGGUUGUUCACACGGUAACGAAGAAGGAGGAAGAGGAUAAAGAAAUCGUUAAACCCGAGCCUAAUUACGAAGGAUUGUGGAUUGUUACGCCUUUUGAGGAGAGUGAUUAUUGGUUCCUGAAGACAGAAGUUGCAAUGGAAGCUUUCGAGGAGUUCACGUAUCCAGACGACGAGGUUGUAACUGCUUACAAGCCUGAAUUAGCGAUCGUCUCGGCUCCGACAAUCUUGCUUACUCUAGAAGCUGGUGUCGGGAACAAGACUCUGCCCAUGCUGCUGCUUCAUGUGGGCUUCCAAAGCAACGUCAACGAUUGGAGCACGAAAACGAUGAGCAUCGAUUGUACGAUGUCCGUGAUCAUGGCGUACUACAACAGCCGUCUUGCACUCUGGGAACCGCUGAUUGAGCCGAUAGAGGGUUCCGAUAACGGCAAACGUGUUUCCACUCCGUGGGAGCUGAAGACGAAGGUCCAAUUCAACGAUAUUUUACUGGACUCGAGGGGCGCCAGCGCUGUCAGUCCCACUUCGGACAGCGAACCCGAAGAGCUACCGAGUCAAUCCACCAAGAUGUCCAUCGACAUUACGUCUUCCGAUAACCUGGAGAUAACUGUGACAAAGACAUGUCUGGAUGUGCUGAAACAGCUCGGCCAGUCGUUCUCCUCGGCUAUAGAGGCUAGUGGGAAGGGGCCCACUAGAAAGGUGGCACCGUACGUGUUGAAGAACGAGACCGGUCUGGCGAUGAUACUGGAUCUGGAGCACAGUCUCUUCAAGAUAUUCGACGAUGGAUCAAGAAUACGAAGUGAUAGCGAUUCGUACAUGGAGGUGAUCCUGGAGACUGGCGCGUCGAUCGAGCUGGCGCCGAAGUCAUCCAAGCUGGAUGCGCGUCUUCUAGAGCAGUUGAAGGCGGAAACCGUGAAGGAUAGGGAUGAUAGUAAAUUUGCCGUUUCUUUUAAAGGUAUCCAAGGCAAAUUGGCGAUACCUGUUCUGAAGGCAGACAAGAGAUUUUUCUCUUUGAAGCAUCGCAAAGAGGGCUCCGAGGAAUGGGGCAUCGUGUCGGACGUCGUUGUGGAAGAAGGCAGCACGAUCGUCACUCUCAGAAGCAUCCUCCAGGUCCACAAUCACUUUGCGCAACCGAUUGCGGUUUAUUACAUGACGAAGAGGGGAAACGAGGUCGAAUGUGUGGGUACAGUAGCACCAGAUCAGAAGCUCAACUUACCCCUGGAUGCCGUCUAUACCCCAACUAACAUCUAUUGGCUCUUCUUCAGCGUUGAAGGAUAUAUGGUAUCGGUUGAGCCGUUCAUCUGGAAGGACCUACAGAAGACGGUUUCUAUGACCAGGUUACUGAAAUGUGAAUCUCGAUCCAAGCAGGACACCACGGAGCCAUUUUAUAUUCAGGCCGUGGGAGAGAUCGAGCAGGUGUAUUUCGAGAACACCACUCGUCAUACCAUGGCUAGUACCAUCUACAACGUGCACCUGUACCCGUCCGUGUACUUGAAGAACUUCCUACCGAUCGACAUCAUCAUCUCCUUACCAGGCACUGCUCAGGAGAGUUUACUCGAGGCCAGCGCCUCCUUACAACUUCCCACAAUCGAUCCGGCCAAGUCGAAUAUAAUUAUUAAGCUGCCCAAUUACCUGGAGAAGGACUGGUCCUGCAAAGGCGAAAUCGUGGCAAAUCCAGCCGAAUUCGCUGUCUGGUCGUUCGAGUCCUUCGACAGCGCGCAGAAGGUGACCCUGGACCUCGGAAUGCACACGUCGCACAAGCACGGCUCGAUCGUCAUGGCGCUGUACUGUCCCUUCUGGAUGCUGAACAAGACCGGCCUGAUGUUAUCCUACCGAAAGUCAAGUAAGGGUGGCAAAGAGCACUCAAGUCCGAUCAAGAAAUUCGUUUCCGCUAUGAAACCCCAUCAACAACGAUACAGGAGGAGGAAAACGCGCGCGACAACGGAUGAUUAUUUGAACGUUCUGUAUCAUCCGGAGCAUUUCAAGGGGCCAAUUCUAUUCUCGUUCCGUUCCAAGGCCUUCUUCGGUAAGAAGAAAGCAAUGAUCCGAGUGGAGGACGGAGAAUGGUCCGACAAGUUUUCCAUCGACGUCGCGGGUAGCGAGGGUGUCGUGGCCUGCAAGUACAAUGGAAUGACAUAUCAGAUCGGGGUUCACAAUCAGCUGACGUAUAACUCCUUGACUAAACAAAUCACCUUCACACCUUAUUACAUACUUAUCAACAACGCAGAUUUCCUUAUCGAAUGUCAAGAGGGUGAUCGUCCGGCGGAUCCGAUAAUUAAGGUGCCUGCCGGCGAAUGCGCAGCUUUAUGGUCUCGAAACGAACACGAGAACAAAACUUUGAGGGCCAAGGUCGCAGGUCAACCUGAAAAAACCGCAGCGUUCAUUUACACUGAUAGUCAUACUACUCUAUUGAAAUUGGAUAAUAAGUACGGAGGGAUCAACGUGGACGUGCAAAUCAGCGAAGGCGGCGUCUACAUCUCCCUAUCGGCCUACAGUUCAGGCAACGCGCCAGCUCUGAUCGUCAAUCAUACGCCGCAUACCAUCAAUUUUUGGGAAAAGGGUUCAAUCAAUGUCAGGUCCAUUCAGUCAUACAACAGGAUGUUUUACACCUGGGAAAAUCCGGCAGGUCCACGAAAGAUCGUUUGGGAAGAUAACAGCGGCAAAGAGCUCGAAGACAAUCUUCGUAAGGAUAAUCUCGGUGCCUUCCAAUUACCGGAAGUAGACGAGAAGCUGUUCUACGUGUCGUUUCUAGACGGCACUCAGCGAGUACUCUUGUUUACCAGAAACCUAAAGAUCGCUGAAGAUUGUCAGCUGGCUGGUGAUCUCGAAGUGAUCGAUCAGGAAAUCACCUUGAACAUUCACGGCAUCGGGUUCUCUCUUGUGAACAACAUCACCAAGUCCGAGCUGUUGUACAUGUGCAUCGCUAGUUCCGGAAUUAUAUGGGAAACCCGCAAGUCCCCCGGUGGUCGAUGGCGAGCGUUAAACGCCAAGGAGGUCAACGCCAUCGAGGAGGGAUAUCAACGAUACAUCAAAGAACUGCAGAUCGGCAAGGACGCAGACUAUCGGGUGAUGCUGGAGCCGAAGCUGAUGGUGGAUUAUCUGAAUAUGGAGAUGUUGAAGCCGCAUCGUAGGUACAUGCGACGUACGUUCCAGACCGGACUUUGGCUACAGUAUCGCACCUCAGCGCAUCAGGUGCAGUUGCACGCGAAGAUCAACAGGCUGCAGAUCGACAAUCAAUUGUCGGAGUGCGUCUUCCCGGUUAUAUUGGCUCCAGUUCCACCGCCGAAGAGCGUAACGCAGAGCACAGUAAUGAAACCCUUUGCGGAACUCAGUAUGGUCAAACGCCUGCUGGAGCACAGUACGGUGCAACAAUUCCGAUAUUUCAAAGUUCUCAUACAAGAGUUCCACAUCAAGGUGGACAUUGUCUUCCUGAAUGCAAUAAUAAGCCUCUUCGAGGCGAACGAGGUCAACGAUGCGGAGGAGAGCGCGCUGUUUCGUACCGACAUGAAACUGGUCAACGAACCGCUCAUGUACCACGUCAAUCUAAUCACCACAGCCGAGCAGAAGAACUUCUUUGAUCUACUACAUUUCUCGCCGCUUAAGAUACAUAUCAGUUUCUCGAUGACUGGCAGUGGAGGUGGACCUUCUGCAAUGCCGCAGGUACUUAACGUGCUGUUGCAAGGAAUCGGCGUCACGCUGACGGACAUUAACGACAUCGUGUUCAAAUUGGCGUACUUCGAGAGAAAUUAUGUAUUCAUGACGAACAAGCAGCUCAUCUCCGAGGCGACCACUCAUUACGCAGGCCAAGCGAUUAAGCAGGCCUACGUGCUCGUGCUGGGACUCGAUGUGAUCGGUAAUCCGUACGGGCUUGUGGUCGGGACCAUGAAAGGCAUCGAGGAUUUGUUCUACGAACCCUUCCAAGGAGCCAUACAGGGUCCAGGGGAGUUCGCGGAGGGUCUGUUUCUAGGAGUGCGCAGUAUGUUGGGCCAUACUGUGGGCGGAAUGGCAGGUGCCGUAUCGAAGAUCACGGGAGCGAUGGGCAAAGGUAUAGCUGCUCUGACCUUCGACAAGGAUUACCAACGGAAGAGGCAAGAACAGCUGAACAAGCAACCCGCCAACUUGCAAGAGGGUCUCGCUCGAAGCGGAAAGGGCUUAGUAAUGGGCGUGGUCGACGGUGUUACGGGUGUAGUAAUGAAGCCUAUAUCGGGAGCGAAGGAGGAAGGAGUUGAAGGGUUCUUCAAAGGAUUCGGAAAAGGUGUUGUUGGACUCGUCACCAGGCCUACUGCCGGCGUUAUCGACUUCGCGAGUGGUUCCUUCGGAGCUGUCAGACGAGCUACCGAGCUGAACGAAGAGGCAAGGAGAGUACGAUCACCCAGAUUUCUGCAGCCAGAUAGUCUCGUUAGACCGUACAUAAAGAACGAAGCUGAAGGCAACAAGAUAUUGAUGGAACUGGAGAAGGGAAAAUACGCACACACGGACGUUUACGUCUACCACGUAUUUAUUAACAAAGAUGUACUGCUGCUCACCGAUAAAAGAUUAUCAUAUCUGGAACAUAGUGACCUAUUUGGUGGUUGGCGGGUUGAUUGGACUAAUACCUGGAACGAGUUCGGCGAAUCGCCAAAAGUCGUAGAAAAGGGUGUGCAGAUCUUUCUUAAGGACGCCAGCAGGAAGAAAAAACUCGGCGGCCUCUUCGGCAGCGCCGAUCAGUCAAAGAUACUUUUAAUAACGGAUUAUAACGUUAAACAGUUGUUGUGCAUUAAAAUACAAGAGCAGAUCAACCAAUACGGGGUAUAACGAAUUAUGGAAGUGACGAAAAAAGUCUCCUGCUCACUUCCGGAAGGUUUCGUGAGUGGAUUCGCACAAUUUGUAUGCACAUUUUUUACUGUUUAUAAGACUGAGACUGUGUGCGCUCGAUAAUCGUAAGUCAGUCCAAGAUAGAAGGGACAUCAGAGUGAACUGAAUGUUUAGAAAUCGAUUAUGGAAGAACGCAAUAAUACCUUUUUCACUUUUUACCACGCAGUUGUUCAGAACUUUUUUGUUCUCGAUAUUAUCUGAUAUCGAGGAAAAGAAUGUUAGAUUUUGUUGCAAAAGAUUCGUCGAAUAAAGUGAAAAAAGGGAUAUACAGGGUGUCCUACAAGUUUUAAUUAAUAUAGCCGAAUAUUGUUAAU